AUGUCAUCCGCUCUUCCUUAUUUGAAGUCGCUGAAAAAGGGCGACCUGGUCGAGUUCGCCGACUCAACCGACCUGAAUGGCGCAAGCGGUCUCAACAAGAUGGAGCUUGCCGUUGCGCUUGACAAUCACCUGAACGCGAACCGUUCCAUCUUCUCAGGUGUCAAGUCGCUUUCUGAAUACUACUCGCGCUUGGCCUCGCCGCCGCGUCGGGGAUCGCCUGUGAAGCGCGAAUCCAAGCCUCAGACUCCUGGUCCUGCGACAAAAACUCCUUCGCGCCGCGCAUCAGCCAAGAAGGAAGUCAAAGAACAGAAGGAAGAGCCUAGUGAGGAUGGUGAAGACGUGGCCGCAACCCCAAGCGCGCGCCAGACUUCGCGUCGGAUCUCGCGCGCUGCGCCCAUCACAGAUUUGCAGAGAAAUCUACCUAUGCCUCCUUCCCCUGCUGUCGUGACAGAUGUCAUUGAUCGCCAGGCCAGCCGGGUUCGUGAGGGGCUUGAGGAUGCAUGGACUUCGAUUGGUGUAUUGGACCGGUGCCACGCUGUGCGCGAGGCUCUGAGCAGUCUCAAGGCCAUUGAGAUUAUGGUUCUGCUCCUCGAAGGAGGAAGUGUUGUGAAAGAGAUUGUUCCCAUCCGCUACCUUACCACGACUCCUCCCGUGCAAGCCGCGCAGAUUCCCGCCGUUCCUAUCAAAGUCCCUGACCUCUUUGUGCUGCUCACUGGAGCUUUCUGGGCGCCUUUCUCGCUUUGGCUCAUCACCUGCCUUCUCCUGCCUCUCACUGCCGCCUAUUUCAUCAACCUGAGCUGGCAGGCCUCUACCACCGUGCGCCGGACUCGCUCUAGUCCCAACCUUGCUCAAUUCGACCCAUUGACCUUCAACAUUGCCAAGGCGCUGCUGGUGUAUAUCGUUUUCGGCAACGACUUCAAGUUUUGGGGUGCUUUCAGCACUUUCGCUCUUCGAAAGAUCUCGGCUUCUGUUCCUGGCGGAACUUUCGGACUGUACACCGGGACUGCCGUUGGCGCAAUCGGAUCUCUGUACGAGGCCAUCCUGAGUCGUUCAUAA